CUCGUGGAUUACUUGUUUAAAAUUCUUAUCAACUGAGAUUCAAAAAAUUCAAUGAUGAGGGUAGCAUAAAUGAGAAAACAUCAUUAUGUCAACCAAUGCAAUGAAAAGGAAGAAGACCAAAGAGAUAAUAGUGUUUAUGUGUUUUGCUGUAGCAUAUACAAUCUGUACAGAUUCAGAGAAAAGUACUACGCCAAGUCCUUCUUCAAGAAUUACAGUCAGCUCCUCAUCGGCAAAUAUAUCAGACACACCCUCUGAGACACUUCACACUACUUCAAAUGUUACAGUCAGCUCCUCAUUGCCAGGUAUGGUAUCAAACUAUACUAACCAGACACUCGCAGCUUCUACAGAUACAACAGAAAACCUCAGUGAUACAACUUCGACUUCCGCAACUCCGUCAGAAAAUAAUUCAAAUAAAUUCAUCCUCCCAGAAGCCCUACAGACUUAUGCCAUUCUUGGUGGAGUGGGGAUUCUAUUUCUUCUCCUGAUUGUCAAUCUUGCAUCAGUCGUACAAAGAAGAAAAGACCACCACGUUAUUCAGAGUUAUCUCUUGUCCUUACAUACUCUUCUGCCAUUCCUUCGAAACUAUGCCGACAUCACAAACGUUGACGUCGAAAAUCCAAAAGGGAAAAAGUCCUUACCACCCCAGGUCUUUGGAAACAACAUAGAAGAGUACGAUGAGAUUGAAAUUGUCGCCCGCAGAUCAAAACAGAGCGAGGCAAAGGACGCCAAGCGUGGGUCUGAAGCUGAUCAUUCCAAGAAAGUGGACAUGUCAGAAGAAAUGACAAAAGGGGAGACACCAAAAGACAGAAGUAACGUGUACUCCCUACAGAAAGAGAUAUUCAGCAGUAAUCUCUAGGAAUUUCUUUAGAUUUUAAUUUUUUUAUCAACGUAAAAAGAUGACAUUGAACUUUGUAAAAAUAACAUAUUAUAAAAGUGAACCCUCAAUACAGUUCCUCUUUUUGGUCAUGAUUACGUCACUCUUUGAUUAGUCUGUCUUGCUGUUGUAUUGUAAAUACUAAUGGAUCAUCUUCUGACCAAUCCUCUGGGUAAAUGACUAAUUAUGACUUUAUGUUAAUCUUCCUUGUCCAUUAACAUCUCACUGAGUAAUGUCUCUAUAAAAUGUGCGUUUGAAAUUACAAUCAAACAUCUGUCAGCUUUCAUUUUAUCUUUUAAAAGAUUAUAUGUUUUAACAUUGAAUGAUACAAUUGUAAUACUUAAAACAUAUGUAACGUGGGAAAAGUUAUUGCUGUUAAGUAUAUGAUAAUGCAUUAGUAUGUCGGCGAUUGGCAAUAGCAAUAGCAAUAGAUUA